AUGCCCACGAUCUUCCCAACAUGGCCACAUAUCGUCUUCGGCGUGCUUGAGCCCCUUUCACUGGUCCUCGGAGCCCUCGCCCCGCUGUAUGACCUGAACGGAUUUAUUGCCGGCCAAACUCCGCACAUCGAAGCUCCGAUCACCCACCCCAGUAGCGUCGCGCUGGCCUAUCAACUCGGAAACCUAUACUUCCUGUUGUCGCUAGUGGGGGUCGGGGUGUUGCACACGAGCACCGAACCCAAAGUCCUGCGCAACUACCUGAUUGGGCUGGCCUUUGCUGACGUCGGUCAUGUCUAUGCCACGUACUUGGCAAUGGGCUGGGGAGCGUUUGCGGAUGUUGGGUCAUGGAACGCACUGGCAUGGGGAAAUAUCGGAGCGACUGGAUUUCUGUUCAUCAACCGUGUCUUAUAUCUAUGCGGUGCGUUUGGGACCGCGAAGGCACCUAAGGCGCCAAGGAAGAAGGAAUAA